AUGAAUAGAUAUAAAUAUGCUUUAGGUUUAGUGUGUAUAAUGUUGCAGUUUCUGGAUCAGGCUGACUGCCAAAGGCAACAAAGACAGCAAAAACCGCCUGCAUCUCAGCAACCAGCUUCCAAGCCAGAAACGCCUCAGAAAGCUCAAUCUAUACGAGAUCUCUUCAACACGACUUCAUGUCUGGAACCACCGUUCACAUGUCCUCAUCCUCGAAUUCAGAUGUAUCUUUACACAAGGUCCACCCAGCAAGAACCAGAAUUCAUCAACGUUUUAGAUAAAAAUUCACUUACCAACUCACAUUUCAAUCCUACACACCCUGUCAAGAUUGUUAUCCACGGUUUUGGCGGUGGCAGAAAUCUUUCUCCCAGCACAGAUAUGCGAAAUGCAUAUUUCAAACACUGCCAAAGACAACAAAGACAGCAAAAGCCCGCCUGCAUCCCAGCAACCAGCUCCAAGCCAGAAACGCCUCAAAAAGCGCAAUCCAUACGAGAUCUCUUCAACACGACUUCAUGUCUGGAACCACCGUUCACAUGUCCUCAUCCUCGAAUUCAGAUGUACCUUUACACAAGAUCCACCCAACAGGAACCAGAAUUCAUCAAUGUUUUAGACAAAAGUUCACUUACCAACUCACAUUUCAAUCCAACUCACCCUGUCAAGAUUGUGAUCCACGGUUUUGGCGGUGGCAGAAAUCUUUCUCCCAGCACUGAUAUGCGAAAUGCAUAUUUCAAACGUGGAGAAUACAACAUUUUUAUUGUAGACUAUGGUAGUGCCGUAGUUGAGCCCUGUUUAAGUCAAAUGGCCUGGGCACCCAGAUUCGCCAGUCAAUGUAUCGCCCAACUAGUCAAGUAUCUUCAAUACCACCCUAAUGGUGUUCAGCCCGACAGAUUGCAUUUAAUAGGUUAUAGUGUUGGUGCGCAUAUUGCGGGAUUGGUGCCAAAUCAUAUGAAUAAAGGAAAACUAGGGCGCAUCACAGGUCUAGAUCCAACAAUUAUUUUUUACAUGGGUAACAACAGAUCUCUGGAUUUGGAUCCAACCGAUGCCAAUUUUGUAGAUGUCAUUCACACUGGCGCCGGUAUUCUAGGACAAUGGGGUCCAACAGGUCAUGCGGAUUUUUAUGUUAAUGGGGGAUCUAGUCAACCGGGAUGUGCCAGCACGACACUUUUUAAGACAUUAUCGUGCGACCACACAAAAGUAACACCUUAUUUCAUCGAAAGCAUCAACAGUCCGAAAGGCUUCUGGGCCGGGCCUUGUGCCAAUCUGAUCUCUUAUCUAAUCGGAUGGUGCGAACCGAAGGAUGAUGAAUAUGUCCUAAUGGGAGAACACAUAUCACAUAAAGCACGAGGAAUCUAUUAUGUGACAACCAACGCAAAACCUCCAUAUGCCAAAGGAUUUCCAGGAAAAGGACGCCAUAGAAGGGCGCAAUCUCUUCGAGGAGGAUUAGCUUUUACAUCACGAACUCGUACUGUAUAAGCAAGUAAUUUUAUCGUAUAUUGUAUUAGUACCUGGAAAAUAGUUCUCAGUUCUAUUAGUAGAAUAGUUAGGCAAAUUGAAAAUAGUUUUGAAAGAAGUGAGAAUUAGAACAAUGCUGAAACCGCAGCAGAUAUUUGC